UGGUGCGCUGUAUCCGAUCACCGAUCAAUGGAAAGAGCCAAAGAUGUCGGCUCGGUCAUGUGAUCAGUUGUGUCCAAUCACAGCUGAUCACAUGAGGGACAUGUACACUGAUCAUCAGGGCACUGAUGAUCAGUGUGCCCUGAUGAUCAGUGUAGCCCCAGCAGUGCUACCUGUCAGUGCCCAUCAAUGCCAGCUGUCAGUGAUCAUCAAUGCCACCUGCCAGUGCCCAUCAGCGGCUCGUCAAUGCCACAUAUCAGUGCCUACCAGUGCCCAUCAAUGCCACAUCAGUGCCCAUCUGAGCUGCCUUUCAGUGUCACCCAUCAGUGCCCCCUAUCAAUGCCCCCUAUCAGUGCGCAUCAGUGCCGCCUAUCAGCAUCAUAUAUGCGUGCUGCCUUUCAGUGCCUAUCAGUGAUGCCUGUCAAUACCCAUCAGUGCCACCUACCAGUGCCUCCUCA